GUAAACAAACAAUGUUGAGGCUGUGAAUUUGUAAAUAAAUAUUAUUAUUAAAAUGGACGCAAAACUUUGUCGGCUAUGUGCUAACAAAAAAGAGUUGUUUGUUGGAAUUUAUGAUGACGAAGGGCACAAACUUCGUAUUGAAUCUAAGAUUGGCAAAUGUCUUCAAAUUGAGAUGUAUCCCGAAGAUCCAUUGCCUAAGAUGGUAUGUUUGGAUUGCUGCUCCAGACUGGAAGACUGUUAUCGAUUUGUUGAGGAUACUCACAUGGCUCAGAUGACACUCCAUCGGCUCUUCCCCAUCACCGAGGAAGUCUGUCAAACCUCGGAACUGAAGGAGGAAGAUAGCCUUGUAGAGCUACUUCCCCUUCCAGCUCCAACCAAUCAGGCGCUUGCUACACAUCACGUCACUGUAUCUGUUCCUGUUCCGGAAAUAAGUGCUGUGAGUGAAGAGGUAGAAGAAAAGGUGGAUGGAUUAGAAGAUGAUAUAGAAGAGGAGGAAGAGGAAGAUGACGACGAAGAGGAAGUAGAUUCAGGAGAUCUAUCUCAGGAUGGCCUCGACCAGGUUAUGGAGGAAAUGGUAGAAGUCCCCAAUGAUGAGAAUGAACCAGGUAGUGGGACGAAGAGGAAGCGAAGUAAACUGAAAAAGGUAGAGGAACUUACAGACCAGGAGAUAGAAGAGUUAAUGGCUCAAGACAAGCAGUGGCAACAAUAUCCUUGGGUGUGUUCUCAGUGUUCUCAGGAUGUAUCAAGUGUCCAGGAGCUGAGAGAACAUUACGAGCUAGUCCACAAGCAGCCUCCACACUACGUGUGUGCACAGUGCUCCAAGGAUCAUACACAGUUUCAAGCUUUCUUCCAACACAUCAAACGCCAUCGUAGCCUUCUAAAAUACAGCUGUGAGGAGUGUGGAAAGUGUUUCUCCAACAAGCGAGUGCUGGACUCUCACUCAGGAUGUUCCAGCAACUCUCGUCCCUACACGUGCCAGGAGUGUGGGAAGGCGUUUAGGCAUCAGAACGCAUUGUACAUCCACGCACGUUGCCAUCUGCCUGAGGACGUCAAGAACAAAUACCUCUGUGAUCAGUGCAAUAAGAGGUUCUCAACUAAGCCAAAUCUAGUGACUCACAAACGUAUCCACACGGGUAUCAGGAACUUCACCUGUGACCAGUGUGGCAAAAGUUUCAUACAGAAGGGCAACUUGGACGCUCAUAUGUUGACUCACUCUCAGGACAAACCCUUCACAUGUCAACUCUGCAACAAGUCGUUUAAGACAGCCAUGCAGCUGCGGAAGCAUCACUCGGUACACACGGGCGCCAAGCCGCAUCAGUGUGACGUUUGUGGGCGUUCCUUCAGAGAGCGAGGAACACUCAGGGAACACCUACGGAUACAUACUGGAGCUAUGCCCUUUACCUGCGAGUACUGUGGCAAGGCGUUCCGCUUUAAGGGUAUCCUUACGACACACAGAAGACAACACACUGGGGAGAGACCCUACUCCUGUCUGGAGUGUCAACACCACUUCACAAACUGGCCUAACUACAACAAGCACAUGAAGCGGAGACACGGCAUCAACACCAGCCGACAGUCCAGAACCAAGUCUCAUCCCCCGGCGCCACUACCCCCAGCACCCCCGCCUACACUGGACCCUCUACCAUUGUACGAGGAGUUCCCCGCCACCACCUACCAUCCCCACAACACAUUCAGUGGGGCCCCGUUGCAGCAGUACUUCUCCUUUACCCACCUAGACCCUUCCCUGGACAUGAUGCAGCAUAGGUAGCAAACACUCUCUAUCUAGAUUUAGAUCUACUUUUGUAUUUUAUAUAUUACUACUAUUAGGUGCUAAUGUACAAGUUUCCUAAUCAAUAACAUUAGGAUGUAUUUAAUACAUUGGGUAAGAGUUUCUCACAGUGAUAUGUGAUUAUUUUCAGGAAAUAAUGAAACCUAUAUUGUGCCGUGAGACCGGGACUAUGAAGGUUUUAAAUAGACGUAUACGAGAAUUUCCUUUGUAAAUGAUUGAGCGGAGCAAGCAAAGCUCUUAUAUAUUACUUUCCUGCUUUCGUUUUCCACAUACUCCUACUGAACGGCUGAGGUGAUCCACAUGAAAUUUAGUACAGUCAUAGUAACCAACUAUGGGAAGGUUACCAA